CUCGCGCCCCCAAAAAGGCAAAAACGACGCUGCGCCCCGAACCAUGGAGGCGAUGAUUGUUAUAUGACCCGAAGUGAACCGUCGGGCGGAUGGAAAUAUCGUACGCAUCACCUAGCGCUCCGAAUCUCUCAGAGUCGGACAAUUCCAUGUCGAGCUCGACCCGGCCCGUCAAGAUCAUCCCCUUGCAGCAUCCCGAUACGACGUCGACUUCCACCUCCUUUUCCGGCUCUUAUCCCAGCGCGCUCUUCUCCAGAUGGACGUUAAAGUUCCAGCGCUUGACCUGGGCCGAGUGGAUCGGGCUCUUCCUUCCCUGCUACCGUUGGAUUAGUACCUACAAAUGGAGGGAGUACUUACAGGUCGAUCUCAUGGCUGGCACCACCGUCGGUAUUAUGCUCGUCCCGCAGGCGAUGUCUUAUGCAAAGUUAGCUGGGCUUGAACCAAUAUAUGGACUUUACUCUGGUUUUGUGCCUUUAUUUGUGUACGCAUUGUUUGGGUCCUCCCGACAGCUUGCAGUUGGUCCAGUAGCAUUGGUUUCUCUCCUGGUCUCCAAUGUCUUAGGUGAAAUUGCUGAUUCAUCUGAUGCGAUAUACACAGAACUUGCAAUAUUAUUGGCGCUUAUGGUCGGGAUAUUGGAAUGCAUAAUGGGGCUCUUGAGGCUCGGGUGGCUUAUUCGUUUCAUCAGCCACUCUGUAAUUUCUGGCUUUACAACUGCUUCAGCCAUCGUGAUUGCACUAUCUCAAGCAAAAUACUUUUUGGGAUAUGAUAUAGUACGGAGUAGCAAGAUCGUGCCAUUGAUUAAGAGCAUCAUAGCUGGAGCAGAUGGGUUUUUAUGGCCCCCUUUUGUAAUGGGAUCCAUCAUUCUUGCAAUACUUCUGGUCAUGAAGCACCUGGGAAAAACAAGGAAGUACUUGCGAUUCCUGAGAGCUGCAGGUCCCCUCACAGGAGUCGUUUUGGGUACAACUGUUGCAAAAAUAAUUGAUUCAUCUUCCAUAUCUUUGGUAGGAGAUAUACCUCAGGGCCUCCCAAAAUUUUCUAUACCUAAAGGUUUUGGGUACAUAACGUCGUUGAUUCCAACUGCAAUUCUCAUCACUGGUGUAGCUAUAUUGGAAUCUGUGGGAAUUGCAAAAGCAUUAGCAGCGAAGAAUGGGUAUGAGUUGGAUUCAAAUCAAGAGUUGUUCGGUCUUGGAGUAUCCAACAUUAUGGGUUCAUUCUUUUCAGCAUAUCCUACCACAGGUUCCUUUUCUAGGUCUGCUGUGAAUCAUGAAAGUGGAGCAAAAACUGGCUUAUCUGGAAUUGUUUCCGGGAUCAUAAUGUGCUUUGCUCUUUUAUUCUUGACUCCAUUGUUUGAAUACAUUCCACAGUGUGCUCUUGCUGCCAUCGUUGUCUCUGCUGUAAUGGGUCUGGUGGAUUACAAUGAGGCAAUAUUUUUAUGGCGAGUAGAUAAGAAAGAUUUUCUUCUUUGGACAAUUACUUGCAUUACAACAUUGUUCCUUGGUAUUGAGAUCGGCGUCCUUGUUGGGGUUGGUGUUUCCCUUGCUUUUGUUAUCUAUGAAUCAGCAAAUCCACAUGUUGCUGUCUUGGGGCGUCUUCCAGGCACCACUAUAUAUAGAAACAUUCAACAGUAUCCAGAAGCAUAUACAUAUAAUGGAAUUGUGAUUGUUCGGAUUGAUGCUCCCAUAUAUUUUGCAAACACAAGUUACAUGAAAGACAGGCUACGGGAAUAUGAAGUUGAUGUUGAUAGAUCUACUAGUCGUGGACCGGAAGUUGAAAGAAUUUAUUUCGUCAUUAUAGAGAUGGCACCUGUAACAUAUAUAGACUCCAGUGCCGUGCAAGCUUUAAAAGACUUGCAUCAGGAGUACAAGUUACGGGACAUCCAGAUUGCCAUUUCCAAUCCAAACAGAGACGUUCUGCUUACCCUAUCAAGAUCUGGUGUUGUAGAUUUGAUUGGUAAGGAGUGGUAUUUUGUGAGAGUGCAUGACGCUGUUCAAGUUUGCCUUCAGCAUGUUCAGAGCUUGAAACAAACGUCUAAAACACCAGAUCCUUCACCUGAUGAUAAAAAACCCAGUUUGUUUCAGAGGUUAUUGAAACAGAGAGGGGAAGAUUUAACUAUCACCGACUUGGAGUCAGGCAGCCAAAAAUCUCAAACUUCCAAGGACAUUGACCCUCAAUUGGAGCCACUGUUGUCUCGGAAGUCUUGAGCAUUGCUUCAAUAUUCAUCAAAUUUAAUAAUGCCAUUAUUUUUGCAUGGCAGUGCUUCUGCUAGAUAUAUGUCAAAUUUUUAGAUUGUUUCUUGUAAUUAGGCUCCAUUGUUAUAUAAUUUAUAUAAACCAAUUUGUAUGAGCUUCAAAGGGUAGGUUAUGUAGCUACCUAGGUUUCUUGUAUGCAAUUAAGCUACUUAUGGGCCUCCCCCAUCUGUAUCCGACUCUGUAUAUUUGUCACAGUUGAAAUAAGUGUGAUUUGCAUUAUCUUUUAACGCUGCACUGUUA